UUAUGAGAUAUACAUUGGAUGCCUAUGGUGAUUGUUUAUAAGUUAUGGUGUUUAUUACGUUUUGAUCUUGCCUUCAAAAAAAGUGCCAAGCGCAGCAAGAAAACAGUUGUAAUGGCUUCACCGAUACGAAGAAGCGGUAGAUUGCAGCUUGCAGAGAUUAAGAAAAGGCCAAAAGUACACGCAGAGCAUGUCGACUUGGGUGAGGAUGACAAAGAUUCUGUGGAAGAUGGUGGUGCAAAUGGGAAUGAGAAUGCUGGUUCAGAUGUGUCUGGAGAUGAUGAAGUGAGUGGGGGAGAUGAUGAUGGGAGUGCAGAUAAGGAGACUGACAGUGAUGAUGCAUUUGAAGACCCACCACGGAAGACGUCAACUGACCCAUCACCGAGCACUUCGAGGAAGAAUGCAGGAACAGAAAAGAAACGAAAGAGGCAGGGGAUUACAAAAUUGAAGGAAAAGUACCCACGAAUUCAGUCGAGAGCUUCUCCCAGCGUUUUGCAAAAAGUGGUUGAAGCUUUGAACGAUGUUCAGAGGCGGGAUGUUGUUAGGAUUGGGUUUGGGUCUAUAUUAAGGAUCAAGUUAACUGAACUUCCUGCGAAACUAGGAUUUUGGGUGGUAGAUAAAUUCAAUCCUAGGAGUAGCAGUCUUGAACUUGCAGAUGGAACAAAGUUGAGGGUUGAGAUCGGAAUGAGGGACAACAGGAUCAGCCCUUUAGAGCUUAGUGAAAAGGUACUGCAAUAUACUGAUGGUGGUGUAUGGUUUUGUCGUCUUUUCGUGUUGUUAGUUGUGUCUGUUUUGGUUGAAAUCCCAAGCCAUGGAUAUGUAAACAAUUGGGUUUUGAAAAGCUUGGAGGAUGUGGAUGGGAUUGCACAGUUAAACUGGUGUGAGUAUGUGCACCGAUCUUUGAUUGAUAGUAGAGUGAAGUGGGAGAAGGGGAAUAGGAAAUACUAUACUGGACCACUAUUGUGCUUGAUGGUGUUCUACGUUGACCGAGUGGUGCUCUAUAGUAGAGACGUAGAGAGAAUGUCGCCUGCAUUUCUGGGAUGGACAUCUAAGAUCCUAAGGGAUAGGGAAAAUAACGAGGUCAAAGCAGGUGGAUUCGGGUUGGGGUAUGACGAUGGUAGAUUUCUGGGUGAGGUGAUGGAUGUGAGCUCUGGUGACGCAGUUGUUGGUGCAUGUUUAGAACAGGUUAAUGUCAAAACUGGUAAUGGUGACACGGCAGAACCAAUGGGAGAGGCGAGGGAUGAUCCGGUAGAGGUUUUUGUUCAAAAGUUUGCAGAAAAGGGGAAAGUACUGGCUACCACAAUCAUCGACCUAGUGUCGUUGAUUGAGAGUGCACCACCUGGUACUAUGGAGAAUGAUGUGUUCAAGCAGCUACAGCAUGCAGCGGGUAGAUUGUUAGGUCUGGCACAACGUAGAGGCGGUGUAAGCUUAGAAACACCUGAUGGAGGUUUUUCAGAAGUAACUUAUGAUGAAGGUUUCUGGAGCAACGCUGCAAACAUAGAACAGUUGAUGGCGACUGAAGAGGCAGUGCUGGCACGUUCAAAAUACAAGAAGAUCAUGGAGGAUAUGCCAUCUUUCAGUCUGGGGUUCUCGCAAAUGGAUGGUGUGAAUGAGAAUGUGAAUAUUGAUGGUGGUGAUAUCGGUGCUUUCAGAAAUACUCCUAGCACUCCAGCAGUUCGGGUAGUGAAUGAGCCGGAGAGUAACCCUGUGGUUGAAAAUGUUUUCAUAACACCUGAAGAAGUGCAUUAUCGUGUGGGAGAUGCAGUUGAUAGGGAUUUGGCAGGUGAAAGUAGAAAUCAGCCGGAUAGGCUUGGAAUGGCAGCGGUUGCUGGUGUGAGUGCAGUGGGUGAUGUAACUGUGCCAGGAACUGAUCCAGUAUGUUCAAAAGCAGUGGAGGUGAAGCAAUACAAUGCAGCAAGGAAGCUGGCUAGGAGUAUAAAACUUGCCGGGCCUUUGAGAUCACCCUACAUUACGCGACCGGUUGGACCUUCAGAUGGGUUAUCUGCCCUGGAGAAGAGGGUGACGAAUUGGGUGUUGCAGAAUCCAAAUGCUCCAAAGGAUGAAGCUGUUUUCGUGAAGGAUGGAUUUGAGUUAACAAGAGGUGAAAUUGCGUCGUUGGACAUAGGGAAGCAUAUUUCAAAGAGGGUGAUAGAUGUGUGGUCAAUAAUACUCAACCACAAUGAGAAAUUCAGAAGUGAGGAAUCCCCGUUACGUGUGUUUGCUAGAAGCAUGGAUUGUGUAGCAAAUGGGGAUAUAGUCGAUGUGUCUGAGGCAAACGUGAAGAACAUGUUUGCAAAUGCGCUGCUUCCUGCAUGGGAUGAAAUGGCAGAUGAUUUCAACUGGGGGAAAGCUGAACUGUUUUUCUUUCCAAUUAUGCAACAGAACUGGGCAUAUGUGUUGUGUGUUGACCUAAAGAGCAGACGCUGUGACAUCUUGGAUAGCUCUUCAGCGAAAGCAAAAACCGAAGACAGAUAUGGUGACAUGCCAAAACGAGUUGUGAGGUUGUUGGGUGAUUUUCUUGAGCAGCAGAGGUUUGUUUACAAAGGUAAAUGUGUUAGAGAAAUGGUUGCUAAGAGAAUUACGUUCCCUUGGAGAGAUCCGAAGGCUACGUUUGACUACGGUGUGGCAACUAUGCGUCAUAUGGAGACGUAUAUGGGGGAUGGUGGCAAAGGAUGGAACUGUGGCUUGUCAAGGUGUGGUGUUGCCAAAAUUGGGAAUUCGUGGCUUGAUUUAUGUGGUGUGUAGCGUGAUGAUGAAUUGCCUUUUUUUUAGAAGGUGUUUGUCAUUACGUAUUUUAGGAGUGUUGUAAGUGGUUAGUUUGCGUGAUUAUUAAACAAGUUUUCUGUUUUGAGAUUUGUAAGCAUAACGAUUGAUGAAGUGAUUGAAAUUGUAGUUGUUCGUAACAGAGGUUGCCGCAUUGUGAUAUGAACGUAGAGAACAUAAGUACCAAUGUAUGCAUAACUAAAUGACUUUAAUACUGUUAUAAUAAAGCAUUUGUAUAGUG